GGGUUCGGCCUGUUUUGGAAAUCGAUGUGAUUGGGGAGUAAAUGUAUGCAAUGUGCGCGGGGGCUUACAGAUGGAGGGAGAGAGAGAUGAACGCCUGUUCACCGAUCCCUGGCACCCUGGUGUGAGUCCGUAGCGGGGCACUGCUUGAGCCGAGGUGUUGCAGACACAGACCGUGUGUAUACAUACCCAGAGCACGUACACACACCUCUCUCUCUCGCGCCGGACACCGCCGAUCAUCCGCCGGCUUCUGUGUAUCCAGACGGCUUGCCACACACAUCUAGCGGUACAGCGACAACCCCAGGCCAAGACAUGGGGGCCGUCUACCGGUCGGCCCUCCUAGCUGCCUUCCUGGGUCUCAUAACCACAGGAGCAGCCCGCAGUAUAGCAGAGGAGGCAUUACAAGAGGAGGUGUUUCCUGUCCCUGUGAGCUUCCCUGCCCAUUUAACCUACGAGCAUGCAGACUCUGCCUACUUCCUACAAGAUGACUUUAGUAGCCUUUUCUCCAAUGGGAGUGAGACAGUGCAAAUCGACCAGUUUGCACUUCUCCGACCCAGGGAGCCGGCAGUUGUCCGAGCCAGCUACGGCCCCUUCAAAGUGCAACAGAGUGUGCCACAUGAGUUUUUGUUUCCUGGCCUAAAUCGGACAAGCCCCGGCCAGUUUUAUAAACUGGACAUUCGGGCGCACCUCUUAGAUAAAAGUCUAACUCCCGAGAAAUCCAGACUGGGGGUGUUAUUUCAUAUUGUGGAAAGCGACUUGUCAAGAAAUGAGGGCUCUGGACCCUUACCGUGUAUCGUUCUUCAUGUAACGAUGGACGGGAAAGAAGCAAAGGCCACAUGUCAACCAGACGGACCUGAACGCCUUUGUAUCGCGGAGACAGAGCUCCCGCUACACUGGUGGAAAGAUUCGGCGACGGAAAAGAGCCCCAUGCAACAGGGCAAGUGGCAGGACAAGGAAGUACAAGUUUUUUACAGUUUGGUGCCCCUCGACGAAAGCUUGCAGUGUCCAGAAGAGAAUUUGAACUCAAUUAGACAAGAAAGAUUGCGGGGAGAGAUUCCUGAACUGAGACAUGUGGGUGCAGUAUUCCUGACCAUACCAGCAGUGCAAUAUAAAGAAGUUGGGGACGGCUCGAAUCUAGUGUUGAAAGUUCCGAAGAAAGUCCUGACGCCCGGGCAGCAGUUCUCCGUCCCAGUGCUUCUGAGUGGAAAUUCUACCCUGCAGACAUUUGAUAUCAGGGCUAAACCCAAAAAUGGCAUUCAGGUACUUGGAGCAAGGCCCUUGGACCCCACAAGAUGGCAGAUCACUACUUCGAGCAACCAGAAACAUGGAAGCAUGACCGUUACCGCAAGCAUGGACCCACAGCGAGCAGAAGCUGAAAGACAAUGGCAGCAACAAAUCGCAAUGCAGAGAGAAAUUCCCCCCAGACCAAUUUUCGAGUGGGACCUCCUGGCGGGUAACGUGUCGAGCCUUGAACAUGGUGGUCCUCGCAUCAACUGGCGCAUCGAAUACGAGGUCAAGGACAUGCAGCGGGAGGUCUUCACCCCGAACCAGAAGAUCAUCACCCAUCUAGAAAUUCGGGAGGACAGCGAGGAAAGUUCGGAGGAAGAGAGACCCAUCCUUGUCCCCAUUGCUAAGCAUACUCAGCUCUUGAAUACAGCAGUCUUGAAUGGGCUGCAUGUGUCGACACCGCUGCGUGUGCUUGCCGUGAUGCGGUCUGGGAAGGUGAUUGAUAUCAGCGAUAAGGCGACGUGCACGUCGCCAGGCACUGAUGUUAUCAAGGUAAUGCACGACUGUUCCAUGGUGUAUCUUGACGGCACAGAAAUGAGAGGAUCACAGCACGCCACCAUCAUUGUCUCGUACGCAGACGUGUUUACGGAACUGAACUUCACGGUAUGGAUGCCGGAGCUGCCCCUCACCGUAGAGCUCAGCGACACCCGACUGAGUCAGAUCAAGGGAUGGAAGGUGGCGCUAGUGUCAGACAACAAUUAUAACAGUAGACAGUCACGUAGUGCAGCAGCAAAGCUCAACUUUGACCCACGUCAGCUGCUCCGCGAGGAGGUCUCGCCAGACAGUGCCACUGAGGGGAAGGCACGGGCAGCCUGUCGACUACGGUACCAGCAUGCAACGGUGCAGGUGUUCACUCGUUUCUACACUCCAGAGGAUGACCUGGCCGGGGAAAACCGGUUCCUGCUGGGUGACAGGUACCUCCAGAUUACGGAACUUGUGUCCAGUUUUAUCCGUGUUGCGGACGAAUCCAUCGCAUCCCUGAAGGGGAGGACAGUCAACGCCAAAGUGCCAGGGACUACAGAAAUACAGGUCAUCUCUCCACUGAAUGGCAGACUGAUGGGAGCUCAGGAACUGAUGGUCGCUGAUGACAAGGUCACAAUCAAGGGCAUCAAGGCCAUUGUCGUUGCUGGGAUUACCAUGUCACUGACACCUGAACCAUCCUCCGGGGGCAAGAUCUUCUCAGCCACAACAACGGCACAACAGACAAUGACAGGACAAUAUCAGCGGGGAGUUCUGGAUGUCUCAGUGUCUUUCAGUGAUGGAUCAGCAUUCUGGCUGCGAGAAAUCGAAGACAAUGAGUACAGCAUCAAAGUGUCAUCCCUGAACCCACGUGUGGUGGCCCUCAGCCCCAGCAAAACCCACACCAUCCCACGUGUCAUCGCCACAGGCCACGGGAAAGGUGACCUCCUGGAGGUGGAACUAAGGAUCCCUGAAGGGUGCAUGCGGCGCAAACGAGGCAGCGAGUUAGCUUUCACUCGCACAGAGAUCAACGUGAACCUCACCAGCAGCAUUCCCAAACUAGAAAGCAGCGACCCCCCAGCUGAAGAGGACGAACUCAACGCAGAAAAUCGUCCCAAUGACAUCAAGAAGACAAAACCCGAGUUGACAGUAGAUUCCAACAUCCUUCGUGUCGAGUUUGGUGAAGAGAAGGAGGACACUAAUGAUGAAGAGUAUGUCUAUGAAGAGACAGAGGAGAUGCUCCCAACCUCAACAGAGGAGGAAGUUCAAAACGAUAUGAUUGUUGACACCGUGGAGGACAGACGAAAGGAAGAGAACAUCAUCAUACCUCUGGACAACUUAGACUUUGGUAAUCUGCCAGGCAGCAGCAAGAAGGAAGUGGAACGGGUCUCAGUGGAGAGCGAAGAGUCAUACCAAGACUAUGUGGAACAGCCGCGGAAGCUGUCGGAUCUCGAGAUUGGUAUGUACGCUCUCCUUGGAGUGUUCUGCCUGGCCAUCAUGGUGUUCCUGGUGAACUGUAUCCUCUUUGCUGCGAGAUACAAGCAGAAGAGAAUACCCAAUGGAAGUGAUGAGAGUCUGACCCAUGCCCAUGACUGGGUGUGGUUGGGCAAGGCUGGUGAGGGCCCGGCACCUGCCAGCAACACCGUCAGCACCCAGGGGUCGGAAGAGCCGUCCCAAACUGGAUCGGUGGAGAACGUCAACGAAGAGGAGAACGAAGACGUUCUUCCUCCACCACCACCAAUCAUGACUGCUGAUGAGAACGAAAACAAGGAAACUGAAACACCUGAAGAGGACACUAUGCCCGCCGUGAACUUUACCACGUUUGCGGCACCUAAAGACCCAAUCAGAAUAACGAGUAAUCCCUGCCCUCCUACGGAGGACGAGUUUGACUGGGACUAUCGACAAAUGGGGUUGAAACCAGAUGACGAUAUGACAGAAUACCUGGAAAACUUAAAAGAAUCCUCAGCAUAGAGUAGCGCCUGCUUCAAAUCUGUAAAGCUAAACCAAUUAUUAAAGCCUAAGGCUUUGACAUGUGUUUGUACAUAACCCAUGUGGUUAGUCGUAGCCAUUUGCAUGUUUGUUCCACUAAACAAAGUCUAAUAGUUAUGUGCUUGUGUCCUAGUGAGAAAAAAAGAUUAAAAGUGUAUUUAUAUUGUGCUAUUUAAAAAUGUGUAAAUAUUCUGUGAAGCAGCAUUUCACUUGUAAAAGAAGUGGCUCGACGUCAUGUUGGUGAAAUGAGUAGGGAUGUUGACGUAAAACAUGGUUACCAGUAAACGUAUUAGGGUGUGUUAGCAAAGAACUAACCUUUUUGCAGAGAGUGGGUAAUUUGCUUCUGUGUAAAUAUAUAUAUGUAUAUUAUAAGUAUAUAUGAGACCAUCACUAAACAGCAGUAACUGUAUGUGCCCAGAAAAGCAGUAAAGAUGGUGUAGUUUUUUGUGGAUGGUGAUGCACAAAAGUACCCAUUUGUAAUGUAAGCUCCUAGUCCUGCUAUUGGCCAACCAUAGGAUGCCCCCUCACACAGCUAUAUUUGAAUACAGCAAUGAGAACCAAAAAUGUGUCUACCCUUUGGAUCAUGAGCAAAGUAUACGGAAAAAACAAGAUAAGCAUGGGACACAUUUAAAUGAUUUUUUUGCACAAAAUAGACACAUAUGCUGUUCACAUAAAGCAACCGAUAUAAUCUUGUCCCAAAUCAGCAAGCAUUCUCAAAUGUGUAAAUCUUGAAAUCGUGAAAGGACAGAUUGUUAUCUUGUCGCUGCCUUGACUUACCCUUGAUAUUUUUACGAGCCCUUUGUUUUUGUCAUUAUCUGUUGAUCUUUCAACCAUCAAAUUUCUCGACUCACUGCAAUGAUUUCCCCAAGGAAAUUCCCACUCCUUCACGCACCAAUGAAAGUUGGUUAGAUGCAUAUUUUAUAGCAACGCUUACCGUAUAGCUGGUGAAAUGUUUUUAAAGAAUAUAUGAAUGGAUAUUCGUAUCCAUUAUAAUAUUGUACAGUAGUGAAAAAAUGUGGUUUGCAGCAAGACUGUGAUUGACUACUAUGUAGCUUUCUUCGAGUUAAAAGGACGAGCAAAAUAGGGAAAUGAAAAUGUCCUAAAUGUAAUGCAGUUAACAUGAUGUGAAAACUGUAUAGCCAUUUUACGACUUGUUUCUUACCAAGAUUAUGGAAACAGAAUUGUAACGCAGUGGCAUGAAAAUAAGAAGAGUUCACAAUUCUAUCGAGUAAUAGGAUCGGUUCAUCACAUGAAGUACUGCCUUUUUGUAAUUAUUUAAGCCUGGCAUGCUUAAUUGUAAUUAACUGUACAGGAUGGUAAUGUUGCAUUGCAGUAGAAUAGUCUUGUCUUAAACAUGUGGACCAGAGAUCUUGUCCAGGUAUUUGAAGAAAAAGUGCAUCAGAUCAGUAUGUGUACUGAUGGAAGUGGCCAUCUACCAAUCGAAUUGUACUAUGUGAGCCAAGCAACCAACCAGAGAAAAAAAAGGAUAAUUGAAUCAUGUAUGCUUACAUGUGAUUGGUCACCUGCAGGUGGGGUGAGAGGUCAUUUGCCACUGAAUAAAUGUUUAUUUUUCCAUGGUGGAAAA